AUGAAGUCCGCUCGGAAUAUUUACAAGGAUGAAGUUGACUUCAAAGCGUUGGCCCUGCAGUCACCUGAAUUUGCGAAGCAUUUGAAACCGAACAACCAGCUCGACUUUAGCAAUCCGGAUUCUGUUCGACAGCUAACGAAAAGUUUGCUGGCGCGCGACUUCAACCUCAAGGUCGAUCUCCCUGACGACAGGCUAUGUCCUCCGGUUCCUAACAGACUGAAUUACAUUUUGUGGCUGCAAGAUCUAAUAGACACCACUGGAGAUGACUAUCGCGAUGACUACGAUCCAGAUCGAGAAGUCGUGGGCCUCGACAUGUACGAUUUUCGUCUUCUGGCAUGCUCGACUCGCUCGCUAACUUGUGUAGAGGAACCGGGUGCUGUAGCAUUUACCCGCUCCUUGGCUGCGCUCAGCGUCCGCGAUGGAAAUUCAUCGCUACGGAUCGACGAGAAGAACCUUGAAUGGGCCCGCCGGAACGUGUCGCAAAACGGGCUGGAAUCGCGGAUCAAUAUCGUCAAGACGGAGCAGAGCGGUCCUUUGAUCCCACUGACGCAGCUUGGUUUGGAAAGGGUGUGGAAAACAGGGCUUCCCGUCCGCUCAGCCGUACUUAAGCCACACGCCGGCUGGUUAGUAGUUGGGUGGGUGACCACCAGCGAAUCCCAGCUGUUGGAUGGGGAGGGUGAAUUCGAUAUUACUCCAGUUGUCUUCCAGGAUAUACAAUGUAUAUCGCUAACUGAAACAGGCCUCGACUUUACCAUGUGCAAUCCCCCAUUUUACGAGUCUAAGGAUGAGAUGGUUGCAUCUGCACAGGCAAAAGAAAGACCACCAUUUUCCGCCUGCACAGGAGCAGAAGUGGAAAUGGUCACACCGGGAGGAGAAAUCGCCUUUGUGUCGCAGAUGAUCGAGGAAAGCCUCCAGCUCCGUGACAAGGUAAAAUGGUACACGACCAUGUUCGGCAAGCUGAGCAGCGUGUCCAUCAUCGUGGAGAACCUGAUCGACCUCGGAUGCCGCAACUACGCCGUGACAGAGUUUGUCCAGGGGACCAAGACGAGGAGAUGGGCUGUGGCUUGGUCGUGGAGAGACCUGCGACCGAUAACUAGUGUAGCCCGUGGGAUAACCGGAUUCCCGAAACACUUGCUCCCAUUUCCGCCCGAAUUCACCUUCCAGGCCUCGAAGAAGCGCAUCGAUGCCGUCGGGCAGAAGAUCGACGCAGAGAUGCGCUCCCUCCCGCUGCUGCAGUGGGAUUGGCGUCCCGGCCUGGCAGCGUCAGGCAUCGGCUUCGCGAUGGAGAACGUAUGGUCGCGCCAGGCACGCAGAAAGAGACAGAAAGAGCAAGCCCAAGCCGACCCGACGGCGGCCGCAGCAGCAGCGCAGAAAAUGGAAGUCGAAGUAGACGAGAAGAAGGCCGCGCUGGGAUUCAAAAUCCAGCUGAAGCAGGACAGGGCAGUAGAAGAAGGUCCUACGGUCGUGGUGCGGUGGUUGAAGGGGACUGACUCUGUUCUGUUUGAGAGUUUCUGUGGGAUGUUGAAGCGGAAGGUGGAGGAGAGGUGA